AUGUCCGCUUCGGCACCGAAGGCGAAAAAGUCGAAGGCACCGGCCUCCCAUCCGCCUGUUCUUGAGAUGAUCAAGGACGCAAUCGCUUCCAGUAAGGACCGUAAGGGUGCUUCUCUUGCGGUGAUCAAGAAGCAUGUGACAACUCACUACAAGGUGGACAUGGCACGUAUUGCCCCUCAUCUUCGUCGUGCUAUUGUGCACGGUGUCGAGAACGGGACUCUCGUUCGUGUUGGCAACAAGGGCACUGGAGCCUCGGGAAGUUUCAAGCUGGCAAACAAAUUUGCCGAGAAAAGGGUACCGAGGACUGCCAGAGCUAAGAAGGCGGUGAGUGCGAAAGUGGUGAAGAAGCGUGUGCCUUCGGGUACAGUUUCGAAGAAGGCGGAAGGAGCACCCAAAGCGAAGGUAUCCGCUCCAAAAGUGGUGAAAGUUAAGAAGGCGACAGCUGGAGUGAAGGCGAAGGAGGUUGUGCCGAAGUCGCCAGCGAAGGCUGCGGGACCCAAAUCACCAAAGAAGGCGGUUGGUCCGAAACAGAAGACUCCUGUGAAAAAGUCGAAGAGCAUGGCUCCGAAGACAAAGAAGCAGGCUGCCAAGAAAGCUGCCAGCUGUUGUCACGACCAGUUGUACUUUAAUCGUGCUGCUACUGCUACUCAGUGUAGGUCAGCGCAGGGUCAAGGUCGAUGUCUGAAUCAGCGGUGUGUCUGCUGGUCAGCCAGCUAUCACGUCACAUGCCACAUUGUAAACAGUUUCGGGUGA